AUGGAAAUGCACAAGAUUAUGCAUAUUUCUGUCUUCCUGGCUCCUGUGUUCUGGGGACUGAUUUGGGGGGUCUAUUCUAACAGCAUACAAAUAGGGGGGUUGUUUCCGAGGGGUGCCGAUCAGGAAUACAGUGCAUUUCGGGUAGGGAUGGUUCAGUUUUCCACUUCAGAGUUUAGGCUGACGCCCCACAUCGACAACCUGGAGGUAGCCAACAGCUUCGCCGUCACCAAUGCUUUCUGCUCCCAGUUUUCAAGAGGCGUCUUUGCAAUUUUUGGAUUCUAUGACAAGAAGUCAGUAAAUACCAUAACAUCAUUUUGUGGAACUCUUCAUGUCUCCUUCAUAACUCCCAGUUUUCCGACUGAUGGAACACACCCAUUUGUCAUUCAGAUGAGACCUGAUCUCAAGGGAGCUCUUCUUAGCUUGAUUGAAUACUAUCAGUGGAACAAGUUUGCAUAUCUAUAUGACAGUGACAGAGGCUUAUCAACAUUGCAAGCCGUCCUGGAUUCUGCUGCUGAAAAGAAAUGGCAAGUGACUGCUAUCAAUGUAGGAAAUAUUAACAAUGACCGAAAAGAUGAAACUUACCGUUCACUAUUUCAAGAUCUGGAGGUGAAAAAGGAAAGACGAGUGAUUCUGGACUGCGAGCGGGAUAAAGUGAACGACAUUGUUGAUCAGGUUAUUACGAUUGGUAAACAUGUGAAAGGAUACCAUUACAUCAUUGCAAAUCUGGGAUUUACUGAUGGAGAUUUAUCAAAAAUCCAGUUUGGAGGAGCUAAUGUCUCAGGCUUUCAGAUAGUGGACUAUGAUGAUCCCCUGGUAUCAAAAUUUGUACAGCGCUGGUCAACAUUGGAAGAAAAAGAAUAUCCAGGAGCACACACCAGUACAAUCAAGUAUACAUCUGCUCUGACCUAUGAUGCUGUUCAAGUGAUGACUGAAGCUUUCCGUAAUUUGCGUAAACAGAGGAUUGAGAUCUCCAGAAGAGGAAAUGCUGGAGACUGUCUUGCAAAUCCAGCAGUACCCUGGGGUCAUGGUGUGGAAAUAGAAAGGGCAUUAAAGCAGGUUCAGGUGGAAGGUCUAACAGGAAAUAUAAAAUUUGACCAGAAUGGAAAGAGAAUAAAUUAUACAAUAAACAUCAUGGAACUCAAAAAUACUGGUCCCCGGAAGAUUGGAUAUUGGAGUGAAGUGGACAAAAUGGUUGUGAAUCCCAUUGAUGGUCCUCUUGGGAAUGAAUCCACAGGACUAGAAAAUAAGACUAUUGUUGUCACCACUAUUUUGGAGUCCCCAUAUGUCAUGAUGAAGAAAAAUCAUGAACUGCUUGAAGGAAAUGAGCGAUAUGAGGGCUACUGUGUGGACUUAGCUGCAGAGAUUGCUAAACAUUGUGGAUUCAAGUACAAGCUCACAAUUGUUGGGGAUGGCAAGUAUGGAGCCCGGGAUGCAGACACAAAAAUCUGGAAUGGGAUGGUUGGAGAACUUGUUUAUGGGAAAGCCGACAUUGCAAUCGCUCCGUUAACUAUAACAUUGGUGAGAGAAGAGGUGAUUGACUUCUCAAAGCCCUUUAUGAGCCUCGGGAUAUCUAUAAUGAUCAAGAAGCCACAGAAGUCUAAACCAGGAGUGUUUUCGUUUCUUGAUCCCUUAGCAUAUGAGAUCUGGAUGUGCAUUGUUUUUGCCUACAUUGGGGUCAGUGUAGUUUUAUUCCUGGUCAGCAGAUUUAGCCCAUACGAGUGGCACACUGAGGAGUUUGAAGAUGGAAGAGAAACACAAAGUAACGAAUCAACUAAUGAAUUUGGGAUAUUUAAUAGUCUCUGGUUUUCCCUGGGUGCCUUUAUGCAGCAAGGAUGCGAUAUUUCGCCAAGAUCCCUGUCUGGGCGCAUUGUUGGAGGUGUGUGGUGGUUCUUUACCCUGAUCAUAAUCUCAUCCUACACGGCUAACUUAGCUGCUUUCCUGACGGUUGAGAGGAUGGUGUCUCCUAUUGAAAGUGCAGAGGAUCUUUCUAAGCAAACAGAAAUUGCUUAUGGGACACUAGAUUCUGGCUCCACAAAAGAGUUUUUUAGGAGAUCUAAAAUUGCAGUAUUUGAUAAAAUGUGGACCUACAUGAAAAGCGCAGAGCCAUCUGUGUUUGUGAGGACUACAGCAGAAGGGGUAGCCCGGGUACGGAAGUCCAAAGGAAAAUAUGCCUACUUGCUGGAGUCAACCAUGAAUGAGUACAUCGAACAAAGGAAACCCUGUGACACCAUGAAAGUUGGUGGGAAUUUGGAUUCCAAAGGCUACGGCAUCGCCACACCUAAAGGAUCCUCAUUAAGAAAUGCGGUUAACCUCGCAGUACUAAAACUGAAUGAACAAGGCCUGUUGGACAAAUUGAAAAACAAAUGGUGGUACGACAAAGGAGAGUGCGGCAGCGGGGGAGGUGAUUCCAAGGAGAAGACCAGUGCCCUCAGUCUGAGCAACGUGGCUGGAGUCUUCUACAUUCUUGUCGGAGGACUUGGUUUGGCAAUGCUGGUGGCUUUGAUUGAAUUCUGUUACAAGUCCAGAGCCGAGGCGAAACGAAUGAAGAUGACCUUGAAUGAUGCCAUGAGGAGCAAGGCAAGGCUGUCAAUUACAGGAAGUACUGGAGAAAAUGGACGUGUUAUGACUCCAGAAUUUCCAAAAGCAGUGCAUGCAGUACCUUACGUGAGUCCUGGCAUGGGAAUGAAUGUCAGUGUGACUGAUCUCUCGUGA